AUGCCCCUCGUGGUUGCGAAAAGCGCCCUCAUCUGGGGAGCAUUUGCGCCCAGUGCUUCUAGCAAUUCGUAUCCGCCACGAGGCGAGCAGCUCCAGCUGGUCUGGCCCGCUCGGGCGGCAUGGGCGCACCGCGACGCAGACUGGGAGGCUUUGCAGGGGCUGUCCAUCUCGCACCUGACUUUCAGCCCUCCGAAGAUUCCUUGCAAGCCCGAUCGCUGCAGCUCAGGCAAGCCGUUGGUUUUUGCGUUGAACCACGAAUUCUUCGUGGUUCAAGGCCAUUUGUUCGUUCAAGGUAUGAGCUAUGAGCAAUUCGAAGCUGAGCAGGAGCGGGAGCUGAAGCGCUGGAAAGCGGAGCUGCAGAAGAUUGAAGGUCUGCGCAGUACUGUGGCAGGCGAAGCAGACGAGGAGGAAUCGGUCUUCGACCAGGCGUUGCCCUUGUACCAAGAGCUUUGCGAGCAACGUUACAUCAGGAAGCCCAAAGUCAAGGCUGCCGCCCGCGCAAAUCAGGAGGAGACAGAGGAGCAAAAGUGGAGGCGGAAGUAUGGGAAGGACGUGGACCGUUUCGUUUCCCCUAACGGCCACGAAGUGUUGGCUGGCAGAUCAGCCAGUGCGAAUGAGCGGGUCUCCUUCGAGCUGACCUUCAAGGACGCGCUGUGGUUCCACACCGACAACGGCAUCCCUGGGUCGCACGUGACCAUCCGCGCGCCCGUUGGGGAGGUCGGCGACGAGGACAUCGAGUUUGCAGCCGCCGUGGCCGCUUGGCAUUCGAAGGCCCGGGAGAAGCUUUACGCGCCAGUCAUGUACUGCCAGGGCUACCAGCUCCGGAAGCCGGCAAGGCGGCGAACUGGCCAAGUACAGGUCUCUGGCAACUACCAGCAGAUCGAUGUGAGGCCUGCACUUCCAGAUUCGUGA